UGGUGCUUUUUGGUGUGUCAAAAAUUUUGAGGGAGGAAGUGGUUCAAUAGAAAAUAGGAAGAGUCGUAGACAGGCUUGGACGUAGAAGCAGGUGUGCUGAUAUAAAAGAAUCCAAACUGUCAAGGAAUUCACUCUGCUGUCGGCACAGUUGACAUUUCGAAGAUGUCAAGCACUGUGUUGUGCCGGAUUUUGCACUGUGUAAAGAAUGAAGUUGUUUGCUUGCGAGGCCAGCACAGACUGUACUCCAUGUGUCUCGGCCCAAACAGCAGCAGCAGUAGCAGUGUGAAACGGAAGAGAACGAAGCUGCUGAGCUCUUCCUCGCUGACCGGUCUCAGCUGGACCAAUAACAGCGUCUUCAGCAUGCAGAACAUAUUCAGACACUCGUCACUUCAGUUCCAGCUCGCGCCAGUGGAGAUCAACAGGAUUCUCCGAGCCAAUGAGCAGUCGGUCAAGAUCCCGGAAUUUGACGGCAAGAACCUCAACCCGGUGCUCAAGUUCGAGAGCAACCAGCUUCCGGCCAAUUCCCCAAACGAAGACCGCAGGAGUGCAGCCACCUGCCUGCAGACCAAAGGAAUGAUGUUUGGGGUGUUUGAUGGGCAUGCAGGGUAUGCCUGCGCCCAAGCAGUGAGCGAGCGGCUCUUUUAUUACAUCGCUGUGGCCCUCAUGUCUCAGAAGAAUCUGGAGGAGAUCGAAUUCGCCAUGGAGCACAUGAAACCAGUGCUGCCUAUCCUGCAGUGGUACAAGCCCCCCAACCAUUACAUCUACAGGGAGUCUGCUUCUCUCUACCUGGACCACCUUCGGGUUUUCUGGCAGGAGCUGAUAGACCAUGACAAUGCAGAGGGCAUGAGCACGGGUGAUUCCCUGGCUUAUGCCUUCAAGAGACUGGACUCUGAUAUCUCCCUGGAAGCCCAGGUUCCCCUGGACAACGACAUCAUGAGGAACAUGGCCAUUCAGGUGGCGUUUGCUGGCUCCACAGCCUGCGUGACCCAUGUGGACAAUAUUGACUUACAUGUGGCCAACUCGGGGGACUGUCGGGCAAUCCUGGGGGUGCAGGAAGAGGACGGGAGUUGGUCUUCUUUGCCUCUCACACAUGAUCACAAUGCACUCAACCCAUCAGAGCUGGCACGAGUCAGAUCUGAACACCCUAAAUCGGAGGAAAACACAGUUGUAACCGGGGACAGAUUACUGGGUCUCCUGAUGCCUCUUCGGGCUUUCGGGGAUGUAUGCUUCAAAUGGAGCAAGGAGCUUCAGCAGAGCAUCUUAGAAAAUGGUUUUGAUUUGGAAACCCUUGACAUCUACCACUACGCCCCGCCUAACUACCUCACUCCGCCCUACUUGAAUGUGGACCCAGAGCUUACCUACCACAAGCUGAGGCCCCAGGAUAAGUUCCUUAUCCUGGCUACUGAUGGUCUUUGGGACAUGCUGAGCAAUGAUGAAGCAGUAAGACUGGUGGCUGAGCAUUUAACUGGCAUCCACUUAGAGGAGCCUGUGGCUGCCAGUGAGAGGCAGGUGAAGCUUGGGCAGAUGCACAGCCUGCUGCUGAAGCGGAGGGCCAGAGCAGUGCCCUCACGCGAUCCUAACGUGGCCACACACCUGAUCCGCCACUCCAUCGGUACCAACGAGUACGGGGAGAUUGAGCAAGUGCAGCUGGCCGCCAUGAUGAGCCUCCCUGAGGACCUGACCAGGAUGUACCGGGAUGACAUCACUGUCACUGUGGUCUAUUUCAACUCAGACCUAAUCAAAGCACACUAUAAGGAGAACAAUUUACGUUUCCUGUAGCACACUGCAAAGAUGUGUUCCUGAGUUGACUGUGGACUGCCAUAUAAUACAUAUUAACUGUCCCUUGAGAAGCAGCAUUGUGUGUAUUCAGGGAUGUCCCUUAUUAACAGGGAUUUGAAAAAAUGAAGACAAGUCAGGAUGGGGAAAAUUUAUCCAUUCAAAGAUUAUGACAUUUAAUGUUAACACCCCCUGAAUCGGGGGGGAGGGGGGGGAGCACCCCCCUACAGAGCCACAAAUAUGCAGAUGUAAGUUACAGGCAUAACAUUACAUCUUAUCCUGUGUACCGAUGCCAUCCUGUGCAUAGAACACCACACCAAAUUCCAAUGUUCAAAAAUCAAAACAACAACAAACAAACACAUACCUGGUACCUUUUGUAAAAUGGAUCAUCCUAUUAAGGUCAUUUUCUCUUUAAAUUUUGUUGAACGUGACAGUAGAUUCUCCGGCUUUUGAUUUUAGUAAAUAGUCUCACUGAGACACAGCCCCUGUAGGCCUACACCCAUUAUUGUUCAUGCUUUGAUGUUUAUUUUUAUUUUGGGUAAUGUUUUGUUGAUUUUCAGUCACAUUGUUUCCCAGUGAAUAUUUUGGGGUUGUCAGUGAUUUUAUCAUAGUCGCUGUCAUCUUGCUAAAGGCAGUGUUAUCUGUAAAGAUACAGUGGCCAGCCCCUUUGUUCCUUUUCACGUGCAUAGUCCAGUUCUGGUCUGUACAGUUUCCUCACUACCUUCUGCGUGCAUUCUUUUAUGUUUUUGUGAGUCUAGAUUAAGACCUUUUAAAGUGCCACCGUCCUCAGCAGCUGUCUCUUUCCUUGCCCUUUUAAAAGUUGCUUCAGAUCUACAGUACCCGUCAUUUUCUUUGGAGACAUUUGCCAUUCUUUAAGCUUAACUACUUACACCUGUGCUUGAUUAGACAAACCUGAAAGAGAAAAAGCUCUGUUGUUGCAACUUAGGUGCACAGUAAAAAGUCUCAUUUUGAUCCCUGUUAAAAAUAUAUUGACUCUCCGGUCAUUGAUUCUUGAUGGUAGUAAUAAUACAGAUGCUAGUAAUAAUCUUUUUAGAGGCCCAAAAAACUCUGAUUGUGCCAAUCUUGCACUGAUUUAACUGUUCGUAACGUGCAGCUCCUUCGCAGAAGACACUUUAUCUGUUGAAAGUUUCUUUGUAUAGGGGGCUUCCGAGUGGCGCAUCCAGUAAAGGUGCGCCACGUGGAGUGCAGGAAGUGCCCUAUAGUCUGGACGUCGCGAGUUAGAGUCCAGGCUAUUACUUUGCCGACCGAGGACGGGAGCUUCCAGGGGGCAGCUCUCAAUUGUCCGAGCGCCGCUCGGAAGGUUAGGUCGGCCAGGGUGUCGGCUCACCGCGCUUCAGCGACCCCUGUAGUCUGGCCGGGCGCCUGCGGGCUUGCCUGUAAGCUGCCCGAGAGCUGCAUUGUCCUCCAACGCUGUAGCUCUUGGGUGGCUGCAUGGUGAGUCCGCAGUGUGAAAAAAAGCGGUCGGCUGACGACACACGCUUCGGAGGACAGCAUGUGUUCGUCUUCGCCCUUCCGAGUCAGCGCAGGAGUGGUAGCGGUGAGCUGAGCCUAAAAAAUAAUUGGCCAUUCCAAAUUGGGAGAAAAUAAUAAAAAAAUAAUUGGCAAUGACUAAAUUAAAAAAAAAAAGUUUCUUUGUAUUAUAGCGUAAGAAGUUUCCAGUUCUUUAUGUUGUCUCCACCAUUUCAGCCAUUUUGUCUGAUUCUGUAAAAGUAUUAUAAUAAAUAUAUAGUAUUCACAAUGUUAUGUGAAUUGUGUAUAUAUACUGUGUUUUAUAAAUGGCUUAAACUAAUGCUCACAUGUUUGUUUUGUAUUCUCUUCAAAUAUCGUGUUGUUACUGCAUCUUGUAAAGCGUUUUGUGCUGGUGGUCCACUGUAAAAGGCGCUAUAUAAAAUAAAGAUUGAUUGAUUGAU